UGUAAUAAGUCUGAGAAACAGAGAGUGUCCCUCCUUCGUUGCUGUGUUACAGACAGAAAAGAUGAGCGGCGGUGGUGGGUCUUCGAAUUCUAGGGUUCCGAUCCCAAACAAUGUCCGCAAAAUCAUCCAAGACAUCAGAGAGAUCACCGGAAAACAGCACACCGACGACGAAAUCUACGCCGUCCUCAAGGAAUGCUCUAUGGAUCCCAAUGAGACCGCUCAGAAGCUUCUCUAUUUAGAUACUUUUCAUGAAGUGAGAAGGAGACGUGACCGAAAGAAGGAGGGAUUGAGCGGCAGGGCUUCGGAGGAGUAUAGGUUAAAGCAAGGUGGACAAGGGAGGGGGGGAAGGGGUGCUUCAGGAGGAAAUUCCUCCAACUUUCCUGAUGGUGGCGGUGGGAGGAACCUUGCUAUUCGAAGGGAAAAUGGAGUCAAUCACAAUGCAGAGAGAAAUCAUGCUCCCUCUACCCAGCCAGUUUUGCAGAAAACUAAGACUAGUACAACAUCUCAAACCACAAGAGUUUCAGCUGUUGCACUGCAUGCUGUGGCAAAUCAAUCCAAUGGGAAGUCAGGUCAUAUUUCUGCUGGCCAAUCUCCCAUAGGUGGUGUACCUAAAAGUAGUUGUGAUGCUAAUGACACUGGCUAUCAAGAAAAUGCUCAACCUCAAGCUGCUGUUGUUGCAGCAGCCUCUUCCACUACUCCAACCUUUGGCUCAGUUACCAGUACUGACCAGGGAAAAUCUCUGUCAAGGUCUGAUCAACUACAAACUUCUGUAUCUGGUGUCUAUUCUUCUUUGGAUCCUGUAGUAGCAUCAUCUGUCUCCCGGAAUCCUGGUAGUAGUGGUGCUAUUAGUCGGGAAGUUGGGAGUAACUGGAUAUCUUCUGGACCAAAAGAUGUUCAAGCAAAUAAAGUUGUUCCUCAUGAAGUUAAUGAUGUAUCAGCACCCAAGAAUGAAAAAUCUGAGUCUAUGAAUUCAACAAGCAAAAUAAAUGCCCUACAGAAGUCAAAUGAAGUUGAAAAUAAUCAGUUUUUGGAACCCUCUCAAGUUUCAUCCUCUUCAUCACUAAAUGGUUCGUUGAGGCCAUCUUCUAGUUCUAGUAGCCAGCCACCCCAAGCUAAUGUCACAGAGGUUUCAACAUCAGAAGCUUGUGUGCAAUCUUCAGCAGAGAUGAGGCAACAUGUUACUUUUCCAAACCAUUUCCAAGUACCCAAGGCUUUAAAAAGUGGUCUGACGUUUGGAAGCUUUGAUACUUUUGGCCCAAGUGAAAAAUCUAGCAGUGGAACUGGUGGUGACAAUAGCCCUUCUGCUCUUGCUGCUUCACUAGGGAAUGAUGAAGCUGCUGCUUCUAGCAACCAAAGUGUGUCAUUGACUGAACAAGGAGAUCAUCUUGAUUAUCCACAUUCUUCAUCUUAUUUGAUUGAAAAGACACCAGCAACAGAAGGCAAUUCUAUAACUAGUACUGACACAAAGGUUGAUCAACCAAAGAAGGAAAAUUUGUUGGCUCCUGAGGCCCAUCCAAUUCCAACUGUUCAAACUGCUCAGAACUAUGGUUUGAAUUUCAUGUCCACAAUGUUAGGGACCCAGCAAAUUCAAUUUGAGGGAACUGAGCCUCAGUCACAAGAUACAUCUCGUUUUCCAAACUUUGUUAAUGCAAGUUCUCAGGUUGUAUCCCCUAGCCCAACUCCACCCCUGCAGAGCUCUAUACCUGUGUCUCCACAGUCGGUUUCUAUUUUCAGGCCACCAUACCCUACUAACUUCUUCCCAUAUGGCCACUAUUACCCCCCUAUUUACGUGUCUCCAAUACACCAAUUUUUAAGCCAUAAUGGUUUCCCUCAACAGCCAUCAGCUGGCAAUAUGUAUCUACCAGCAGCUGCUGGGAUAAAAAUCCCUAUCCCUCAAUUCAAGGCAGGAGCAAACACGGGAAAUACAGCUCAUAUUGGAAUUCCUUCGGGAUCGUUCAUCACUCCACCUGUAGGAUACGCACCUAGUCCAACAGUGAAUACUGGAAGCUCCACUGGAAGUGAUGAUCUUGCAGUGUCUCAGUUGAAGGAAAAUCAGAUCUAUACAACUGGACAGCUGAAUGAAGGCUCUGCAGUGUGGAUACCUGCACCAGGCCAAGAUAUAUCCAGUUUGCAAGUUAAUUCUCUGUAUAACCUUGCCCCUCAGGGACAACAUCUCACAUUCUCCGCAACACAAGCUGCUCAUGGGGCAUUUGCUGGAAUCUAUCAAGCAGGGCAGUCAGUAGCUUCACCUUCAACUCUUUUGCAACAGUCUCAGGCUGUCGCUGGCCCUGUUGAAACUGUAGGCCUCCCUUCAGGAUCUUAUCAGCAGCCUCAGCCUGCACAUGUCAAUUGGAAUUCUAAUUUUUAGGCUGGAAAACAUUUUCUUGGUGCGAUAAUGUUCAAAUGCACAUGUGAUGUGCUCAGAUCCAGGAAGUAUGAACACUGGCCUGAUCUGAAGUGUAAAUAAAAAUGCGGCCAAAGAAUGAGAAAAGAAAAUUAGUAACUGUUUUUGGUGGAGUUAUUUGGUGCUAACGAUUUUGAAGGGUGCUAGUUGCAGGUUUUUCUUUAUUUAAUUUUGAGCUUUCAGUUUAUUUAUCCCUCACCUCUUCUUUUACCCCCGAGAGAACAUUUAGUUGUUGGUAUAAGAAACUUAGUAAUUCCUAGUGAUAAUAUACUAAGCCAAGAGUUAGCAGGUGAGAUUUGCCAAUUUUUCCGUUCUAAAUUCUCACCUGUAUAUUACAUUUUGAUAUCAGAGGACAUUGAAUUAUACAGUUUUA